CAACAUACCCGGCCCAUAUUAUAUAGACCACGUAGACAUGAUAGACACUGCACUACUGACGCGCGCUACCCAGAGACACUAGAGCCUACAAAGUACAAAUAUACUUCAAUUUGUACACAGUUAGCUGAGGCGGAUCUUCUUUAAGUUCUUAAUCUUCGGCCGAAUUUCGGCGUGGUCUGCGGUGCCAAAUGAUAGUACAGCAGUCUCCAGGUGACGAUACACUAAACCCAUGUCUGGAAUCUGAAGGUUGGCAUCACUGAAUCAAGGAGAGACUCAAGGAGUGUUGUGUAUUAUCCAUCUGUAAAGACGGAUGUUUGCAGAACUAUAGUAAGAACUUCAGAACUAAGAACUUCAGAAACAUGGACAUACAAGGAACUGAGUUGAUAUGUCACCCAAGUGUGCACACUAGUGAAAAACAAUUCAUUUGUGAAACCUGUGGUAAGGCCUUAACGAGAAAAAGAGAUCUCCAACGACACAACAGGAUACACACCGGUGAGAAGCCAUUUCUUUGUGCAAUCUGUGGUAAAGGCUUUACCACAAAUAGAGAUCUUCAGCGACACAACAGGAUUCACACUGAUGAGAAACCAUUUGGUUGUGAAAUAUGUGGUAAAGCCUUUAGCGUGCAAAGUAAUCUACGCAGACAUGAAAUGAAACACGCGGGUGAUAAACCAUUUGUUUGUGAUACCUGCGGUGAAGCAUUUACCACAGAAGGUAGACUUCAACGACAUGAUAGGCUUCACACAGGUGAUAAAGCAUUUGUUUGUGAGACUUGUGGUGAAGCGUUUACCACAGAAGGUAGUCUUCAACGACAUGGCAGGACACACACAGGGAAUAAACCAUUUGUUUGUGAGACCUGUGGAAAAGCCUUUUCUACACAGAGUCAUCUACGCCAACAUGAAAUGAUACACACGGGUGAGAAACCAUUCGAUUGUGCAACCUGUGGUAAAGCCUUUACUCGGCAAAGUGAUCUUCGUUGUCAUGAAAUGAUACACACGGGUGAGAAACCAUUCCCUUGUGCAACCUGUGAUAAAGCCUUUGCUCGGCUAAGUAGUCUAUACAGACAUGAAUGGAUACACACUGGUGAGAAACCGUUUGUUUGUGAGACCUGUGGUAAAGCGUUUACCCGGAAAAGUCAUCUAUGUGCACAUGACAUGAUUCACACGGGUGAGAAACCAUUCGUUUGUGCAACCUGUAAUAAAGGCUUCACUCGGCAAACUUAUCUGCACAAACAUUACAGGAUUCACACUGGUGAAUAACCAUUUGUAUACAUGUGCAAUGUGCAGUAAAGCUUUUACUUGGCAAAGUGGUCUUUACAGACAUGGCAGGGUUCACACUGACAAGAAACCAUUUGUUUAUGUGACCCGUGUUAAUGUUUUUUUUUCAAUCAAGUCGCGUGAACACCCAUAGAAAGGUAUAAAUGGUUGACAAUAAACAGUUAUUUUUAAACAAUUGCCAGGAUGCUUAAACUUUAAAUAAUUAUUUGAACUUAGGUUUACGAUAAGACAUUUGUCAGUCAUUGUGUUUUCAAAAG